AUGGUCAAAUUAAAUUCCCAAAAUUACUCGAUUUGGAAGACCCUCAUAGAAGAUAUGUUGUAUAGCAAGGACUUGUAUGAUCCUGUGGAGGGGGAUAAAUCCAAAGGUACUAAAUCCGAUGCUGAAUGGAAGAAGUUGAAUCGGAAGGCAGUUGUUUUGAUUAGGCAAUGGCUUGAUCUUACCGUGUGUCCACAUGUUGACACCGAAACGAAUACCGAGAAGAUAUGGAAGAAAUUGAAGGAGUUAUAUGAGAGAAAAAAUGUGCAAAAUAAAGCAUUCUUGAUUAGGAAGCUUGUCAAUAUGAAUUAUAUUGAAGACUUUGGUGCCUCAUGUCAUGUCACUUCGAGGCAUGAAUUUUUUACUUCCUAUACUGCUGAAAAUUUUGGCCAGAUCAAAUUGGGAGAUAAAUGA